UUCAUCUUUUCUUCCAAUACCUCCGCCACCCCUUUCCUUCUCUCUCUCUUUCCUUCUCUCUUUCUCAUACGCACACACGCCACACCAACGCAACACUCACACCACACUGUCUCCAUUUCAUGACUUUUAUCACCCAAACCCCAAGAUGCUGAACGACGACUGGGUGAGAGCGGCCAUGACGGACGAAACCGUCGUCGUCGAAGUUCUCCUACGACUCAAGCAAACCGUUUCCACCAAAUCUCACCACCACCGCCCCCCUCUCUCCUGGGGGGUCAAACAGCCCCGCUCAAGAUCAAGGCUCACCGCUGCCGUCUCUCGCUGCGACGCCGCCGUUUCAACCAGAUGCAGUCCCACCACGCCGCUCUCUUGGAGCAGCGGUGCCUCCCCAUCCGCCACCGCCGACGGUUACGAAGACUCCGCCCGCCAACACCAUGCCGCCAGAUCCAAGGCCACUGCCACAAGUGGAUACACUGGCAACUCAGCUUCAACCAAGAGGUGCAGAAGAAAAAAGACCUUUGCUGAACUAAAGGAAGAGGAAAGCUCCCUGCUAAAGGAAAGGAUAUAUUUGAAAAAGGAAAUUGCAACGAUAAAUGCAAAUUUUGAGGCAGAGAGAGCUAAAAAUGAGAGUUUGAAGAGGAUGAAGCUCGAUAUCGGAUCAAAAUCUCAGAAGAAUCCAAGUUCAACGUCUGUUGAACCACAGUGUACGGUUGCUGGUCAACCCCAUCAGAGAAUAGUGUCUCCGGUGGCCCUCAUACGUACCACUCAAGACGAUACUCGUUCACAAGCAUCAGAAUCGAGGCCAAACGAGAUAGAAUCAACCGGGGAAAGGUUUUUCUUGAUACCGGAUCUAAAUAUGACGCCAUCGGAUGAUGUUUCUUGCACUGACGCUCUAUGUUGAAUGAGUUGAGACCUUUUUUUGCUUUCAUAGUUCAGAGCGCAUAACUCUUGAAAACAGUUGCGCUGUUUGUGUUUGGGGAAACAAACCUGAAAAAAUGUACAGGCCAUCCAAUAGAAAACCAGUGGACAACAUGAUGCGCCAGAGACGUUUCUCGGUGUGACUACCAGUUCUUAUGAAUUUGGUAGUCCUCUCUAUGGGAAAAUUUUCUUUGGUACUCGUAGGCAAUUAGGCUGUAGAGUAGAGAUAUGCUAAGGUUGCAGGUUCCGCCUAUUCCGAAAUUUCUUAUAAAGCUUUCGGAAUUCUUCAAUCUUGUAAGAUGUACCAUUCUUUUGUAGGUUAAAUAACUUGGAUUCCCCCUUUAGAAGGUAUCUAAAAUUAAUCCACAAUUCUAUAUUUUUAUUCA